AUGACCCUACAACCAUUAACUCCAGUGAACUGUGCAGGCCUCCUGCAGCCUGGCUGCUCUCUGCUGCAGCUGGAUGGUGAAGUUCUCCUGUUUGGCCAGAAAGGCUGGCCCAAGCGCUCAUGCCCGACAGGAGUUUUUGGGGUCCGGAUUAAACCUGGCGAAAUGAAGCUGAGGGCCAUCUCCUUCUCCAAUGACUCCUGCUACCUCCCUCCACUACGUUGUCCUGCUGUUUGUCGCCUUGACCCCUAUGAUGGGCUUCCAGAGAGUUAUCUCAUCCACGGUGGCCGCACCCCAAAUAAUGAGAUCUCAUCUAGCUUGUACCUGCUGACCAUGGAUAGUCGUGGCUGCAAUCGUAAACUGACCCUGUGCUGCAAAGAGAAAGAACUCGUCGGAGAAGUACCAGGGGCCCGAUAUGGUCACACAAUGAGCAUGGUUCAAAGCCGUGGAAAGACAGCUUGUGUUUUAUUUGGGGGUAGAUCUUACAUGCCGGCAGGAGAGCGGACCACAGAGAGCUGGAACAGUGUUGUGGACUGUCCUCCUCAGGUGUUUUUAUUUAACUUGGAGUUUGGGUGCUCCUCAGCUCACACUCUACCUGAGCUCAGCGAUGGACAGUCUUUCCAUUUGGCCCUUGCCAGAGAAGACUGUGUUUACUUGAUUGGAGGUCACUCACUCGCUUCUGACUGCCGUCCCCCUCGACUCUUUCGCCUGCAAGUUGAGCUUCUGCAGGGUAGUCCCUUGCUUUCCUGUGACACGCUGGACACUGGCAUAUCCAUUUCUAGUGCCAUCAUCACCCGCACGGGUCCCGCUCACAAAUACAUCAUCUUAGGUGGGUAUCAGUCAGACUCCCAGAAAAGAAUGGCAUGCACCACUGUGGUUCUGGAUGAGAAAGGGAUCCAAUUUGAGGCCUUAGAACCACCUAGGUGGACCCCAGAUAUAAUUCACAGUCGCACUUGGUUUGGGGGCAGCGCUGGAGAGGGAAGUGUCCUACUUGCAAUACCAUCUGAGGGAAGACCAUCCCAACCAGAUAUGCAUUACUUCUAUCAGGUGAGCUUCCAGACAGAGAGUAAAGGCAAUGAGGAAGAAGCAACCCUAGGCUGUAGCCAGGGGUCGACAGAGUAUGAAGACUCUACUCCUCUUGAGGACUCUGAGGAGCUUUACUUCGGUCGUGAGCCUCAUGAACUGGAAGACAGCGGUGAUGGAGAAGGGGAUACUUACAAUGAAGAAGAUGAGGAGGAUGAAUCACAAACAGGGUACUGGAUCAAAUGCUGCCUGAGUUGUCAGGUGGACCCCAACACAUGGGAGCCGUACUACUCUACGGAGCUCCACCGGCCAGCCAUGAUCUUCUGCUCGAGAGGGGAGGGUGGACACUGGGUCCACGCCCAGUGCAUGGAGCUCUCUGAGACCCUGCUGCUCAGACUUUCUCAGGGCAGCAAAAAAUACUUCUGCCUGGACCAUGGAGGCCUCCCCUACCAGGAGAUUACCCCACCUCGACAAGUCAUGCCCCUGAAGCGCAUCCCCAUGAAAGUUAAGGACAGGAAAACUCCUCCAACAAUCAAGAUGUCCCCUGCAAAGAAAAGUUUCUUCAGGAGGCUUUUUGUCUGAAUACAGUUUUAAUUACGAUGCA